AGGUGGCACUUAAACCGCAACUGCACCAAGCUCAUCGGUGCGCAGUGACCUGGUGGUAGGGAUAGAAGCAGCACCAUGAAAGGACUCUGGGCAAGAGACCGGCUGCCUGCCAGUCCCCAGUGUCGAAACCAUCAGGAUUGACCUGGCACCUGUCCUAAUUCCCUGUUGCAGAAGCGCACCAGAAGCAGGGGAGGAGUGGCUCUCCGACUCAGAGACUCACCCCUUUGGAGCCGGCCAAUGGGGCAUGUCCCAGAGAGGAGCACCUAGGGCCGAAAACCUUGGAGCUGGCACCUUUGACUUCGGCCCCACAAGGGGGACCAUCAAGUCGAGUGCCAUUGGACUCCCCAGCUAGAUCAUUGAGGUGUGGAAUUGCCAUCCAGCCCAGACACCACUGAGGCUGAGGGGGACACUCAUUGCCAUGACAGCACCCCAGUCCUUUGAGCCAAGCCUCCAGUACUGCAACGUGUGGCACCGUCUCGAGGCAAACCGGCGACGUUCCAUCACUCGGCACUGUCAGUGGAAUGAAGGCACUGGUUGCACUCAUGGCACUGCUCCAGGUUGCACCAGCGCUCCCGAUUACACCGCCGAUCCUCAUCACGCAGCUGGUCCUGCUCCCGGCACCAGUCAUCCAAAAGUUACCCAUGCAGCAACCUCUGAACCGUGGGUGCUGGAGGUGUCAGCCAGUCGCCCCACCCCAUCGGAAGGUGCUGAGGAGGUACGGUUGCUCUACAUCCCCGGAAACCAACCCCCAGCUCCUAGCCAGAUCUAGGAAGUCACAGAGGGCUGUGGGGAAGACCUGCCUACUGAUCAGUUACACCACUAAUGCCUUCCCUGGAGAGUAUAUCCCCACUGUGUUUGAUAAUUAUUCUGCCAAUGUCAUGGUGGAUGGGAAGCCAGUGAACCUGGGUCUCUGGGAUACAGCAGGGCAAGAGGACUAUGACCGACUGCGGCCCCUCUCCUACCCUCAGACAGAUGUCUUCUUGAUCUGCUUCUCCCUGGUGAGUCCAGCCUCAUUUGAGAACGUCCGAGCCAAGUUCUCAGUGAACUACUCUGUUUUAGUGUACCCAGAGGUCCGGCACCACUGUCCUAAUACUCCCAUCAUCCUGGUGGGCACCAAGCUGGACUUGAGGGAUGACAAGGACACCAUUGAAAGGCUGCGUGAUAAGAAACGCCCCAUAACCUAUCCCCAGGGCCUGGCCAUGGCACGGGAGAUUGGUAAGGUCAGUGAAUAUCUUGAGUGCUCAGCUCUGACACAGCGGGGCUUGAAGACAGUGUUUGACGAAGCUAUCCGUGCUGUAUUGUGCCCCCCACCUGUGAAGAAGCCUUGCAAGAAGUGCACUGUGUUCUGAGGAUGUUGGCGAGGUGCUGACUCAGCAUGUCCUUGUCAUCCUCCUCCAACAGAUUGAGUGUUCACUGGGUGCUUCUGGAGGGGGCUGUGAUGUGUGGGGCCCUUCAUCAUGUACGAAGUCAGUGUUUUUUAAAUGUCUCUUUGAUUUAUCGUCAGUGUUGAUGUGAAGGGGCAGUGGGGGUGGGAGGUUAGGUGGAUGCUGUGCAGCCCCUAGGGAGGAGCACGGGGUGCGGCAGGGUAGCUCCCUGAGAUAGUGAGGUGCAGCUCUCCUUAACUUGAAGUUGAAGAGGCUUAAGACACCCAUUCUGUGAUGGAAGCACCUCUGCUUGCCAACGCACAGGGGGAGACAGGUGGGGAGAAUCCCUAAGGGGGUGGGUAGGGACCAUUGUGUGAUAGUUUGUGAAUGACAAAACCAGCUAGAAGGGUAGCGGGCCUCCUCACCCCAGCACAUUGCUGGUGAUACUUAACUAACCGGUGCGCUAAGGAGAUGUGCCAGAGGCUUAUGGGAGCCAAAUAACUAACUCCAGGAGUGGUGAAAAUAAGCAGAAGACAGAGGCUGAAGAAGUUACUAUUAGCUUUAUUGAGUACUAAUCACUAGUCAAGCUCAGUGAGUGAAAUAGUCCUGUGCACUUAGUGCCUUUUAGGGCACUACCUUGGGCACUGUUCCCUGCCCAUCAGUCAUGGCAGAAGGAUGUUUAGCAGGGGGCCUCUCCUUCCUCAUUCAGUCUCUGCAGAGCAGGGCUGAGGUUGUUGCCUCUUUUUUCUAUCAAAACCAUAAAAGAGGUAGUGAGGAGUCUGGUAGCUACUCCCUCCCUUUCCUGCUGGGAGUAUGGUGCUGGGCUUUAUCGGUUUGGAUGGAGCAGGGAGAGCUUUUGAAGGUUUUUGGGGGGGGGAAGGGUCAGAACAAAGACAGGUCCUGUUUCUAAUCAUCAUGUAGAGUGACAAGAUAAACACCUCUUAUUUUGGUACAAUAACAUUCUCCAUGAA